UAUAUGACUUAUGUUCUGCUUCUGGACGUUUCCAUUGCACUGUAGUCAGGGAGUACUUAUCGUAAUUUAAUCUGUAGGUUAAUUAUCUGCUUUUAUCUCGUUUUUCUCCAGAUACACGCAGUUUUAAAGGAUAUUUCUUGACAUUAUUAAGAAGCUAGCCAGUCACAGACAUGAGUAUGAGCAUGAUGAAGAGGACCGCUCCGCUGAGUUUACUGUAUUGUGGAGUAGAAAAUGGCGGCGGUGUUAGUGGUGUUUUCCGUUCUAGAGCUCCAGUACAGACUUUCCCACAGAAACGCGAGGAGGAGCUGGACGGCUACACGGAGGAGGUCGACGGAAGGACUGUUAAAACCGUGAUUAAUGAGAUCGAAGUGCCGCUGGAGAGCCGGUUACUGCUUCAGGACAGCGGCUGCGAUGAGCGGAUCAUACCGGACCUGGAGACGGAAACCCGGGCGCUGCUCAUGCAGUUGUACCGCUGUCACAUAGGGCUUCACCCCGGGAACAACACACACCCAGCGCUGCCGAGCCUGCAGAGAGUGGUGGGGAAACUGCUCUGCAAACACAGGAUCACCUACAGCGGCAUGGUGCAGCGGCUGUUCGACCAGGCCAAUGGACUGGACAGUGUGAGUUCCGUGUUGAGCGGUGUGUUCAGUGGCGGCGUGGUGAGUUGGGGCCGCAUCGCGAGUGUUCUGGCUCUGGGAGCCGUGGUGUGUGAGCGGCUGAAGCAGGAGUGUGUGAAGGAACAAGCAGAGGAGUGUGUGGACGUCGUUACCUCACACAUCUCCUCAUACCUUAGCAAAGACCUACAGCACUGGUUCAUCAACAACAACAGCUGGAAUGGUUUUGUGGAGUUCUUCCGUGUCGAGGAUCCCGAGGCCACAGUUCGGAACACACUCAUGGCAGUGGCCGGAUUGGGAAUAGGGGCAUGUCUGUUCACGCUGAUGCGGUGAAGUGGGUGGAGCCAGAGAUGAACGCUAUUACCAUGGCUACACUGUUGUCGUUCGUUCUAAGGAAACACUGAAGAAUGUGCUUGUGCUCUUCAGGGUGAUGACAAUGAGACACUAUAAAUCAGUAUGAAAACAGAGCAAGGUUUAUUUUCAAAUAAAAUUUCCCUCACCUAGAUAAUCUCCGCCCCUGUCACCAUGGUGAUGUCACUGCACUUUUCCCACACAUGGCAGGAUUUCUGUUGUUUAAUUUUAAUUGCAGGAUCUGUCAGACCAAUGGCCGUGAUCGUGUGAAGAAUGUCAGAGCUUUACAGUUUGGAAAAGAGAGUUUUAUUUUUUUAAUAAACAGGUCAGACACUGAA